AUGGCCAAGAAAUCGAAGCCUACCUCUUCUUCUCAUAUCAAAUCCUUCUUCGAUGACUUUCCUGAUUUCGUACCUGAGCCCCCCGCCGGUCUUCGUGAGAAUUUCGCCCGUCUAGCCGCUCACAGACAAUGGAAGAAUGGUUCCAAGAACUACAAACGCAACUGGAACAAGUAUGUCAGAAUGGAAUUUGAUAGUGAGUUCGGAACAAACUAUACUCGAUUGGAGUCAUGGCAGAAUCUCUGCACCGAAUUGGGGAUCGAGCGUCUUCCGUCAAUUACACAGUGCAAAAAGGCACUGUCGGUAGUCAACGUGAACAUUGUCGAUUUAAUGGACUGCCGGAGAUCUGGGAAGAAACCUCGCCUGUUUUCAUCUCUGAAUGCGCUUCGAAAGUAUACCAAAGAAAAUGAUCUGUUUUUUCCCCGAGACGCAGCGAAGGAAGAAGGAUUUGUGAAGAUAUUGCUCAAGCAUAUACUCUAG